AACCGAUCUUUCUAGGUAAACACUGACAACUCACGUUGCGAACGCAGACCAUGUUUCUUCAAAAAAUGAGCCCGAUACUUCUGAAAACUUCCCCGGUCAGUUGGAAUUUCGGAAAAAGGUGUCUUCAAAGUUCUACGACUCUGUCACCGGCUUACGUAGCCAGCGCACAGGCCGCGAACCGGCGGGCAAGAGUGGCCCUGGCUGCUGCAUACCGUGGCCUUGACAAGCUAGGUUUGAACGAAGGGGUUUGUAAUCACCUAACCUUGAGGGCGCCCGCCGCCAAUGGAGAGGGCGAAGUACUGUUGCUUAUUCCAUAUGGACUUCACUGGUCUGAGGUGACAGCUUCUUCACUGCUGGGUCUAAACGAGAAGAAUAAAGUGGUUGAAGGGGAUGGACCAGCCGAGAUAUCCGCGGCUUCCAUACACCGAGGCAUUCACAACGCUAGAAGUAAAGACAUCUCAUGUGUGAUGCACACUCAUAUGCCUUACGCCACAGCGCUGGCGGUUUUACAGGACCCCACUCUUCGCAUGUGUCACCAGAAUUGUCUCCGAUUCUACGAUAAUAUUGCUUAUGACACGGACUACCAAGGUCUUGCUGAGGAUGUCUGCGAGGGAGACCGCAUGGCAAGGGCACUGGGCAAAAACGACGCCAUGAUCAUGAGGAGUCACGGGGUCAUGGUUGUAGGUCCAACUGUCGCGAGAGCCUUUGACACAAUGUACUACUUGGAGAGGGCCUGUCAAAUACAGGUUAUGGCAAUGUGGACGGGCAAGCCACUGGUUGAAAUAGAAGAAGAAAUGUGCAAGAAAUCGAAGGCAGUCAUGGACCGUUUAAACGACGAGUAUGCAAGGGCAUUCUUUGACAGCCUCCUGCGACGAUUGCGAAAGGAAUGUCCAGAUUUUGAAAACUAAAGCUGCUCCUUUUGCUUGUUAACUGAAGCUGUCGUGGCUUUGAAAAGCAAUACACGCGCGUGGAUAUGGUGACAAAUUUGAGUAAAUCUAUGUUAUUUGCUACACAAUUUGUAAUAAUCAGUCCCUUAGCUUCUGAUUCCGAUGCGGACUGUCUUGCAACUGACAACGUUGCUGUCUGCAUCAAGGCAGACUGACAUUUGAUACAUGAUUUGCCAUCUGCGAUGAAUCAGAAGGUUAUGGUUAUUGGUACUGCCUUGAACUUCUAUAGCGAUGACAGAACAGUACAGGCCAUUGAAAACAACAUACGUAUUCGACAUAGCUUCAACUAAUUAAGUGAAGCCUUGUCCGCAGUUUUAGAGAGCAAGUUACUUUUUUAUGGCGAUAAGGUAAUACUGUUAGUUAUGACAGUCGCUUGCUAGUACAACCAUCGUCUCUCAGACAUUCGUUUAUUAAUUAUUCUCUAAGAAAAAGGAAUAAAGAAAGCACUGCAAAACCAUACAGUUUAACAACAGUGCAUAUUUCUUACUAUAACAAGGUAUUGCGUUAGAGAAAAAACACGUGGUGGUGUAAAAAUCAAGUAUAUAAGAAAUGGUUUAAAUGGUCUUUUUGCACAUGUUUCUUUGCGGCAAAUUCUGUGAUUUCAAAUAUUUUUCAGGUUUUAUCUCCCGAUGGGAAAUAUGGCAGAGCAACAGCGCGUUAAGUUCGUAUUUACAUUAACAUAUCAGUGAAGCCAACAGCAUUGGUAUUUCAGUAGAAAUCAAUCUAUAUUACCGUCAAACGAACCGUUCAGUGACAUGUGAAAUUACUUACAGUAUUUUGAACAUAUUUGUAUUGUGGGAAAAAUGUGUUAAUGCUCAGUCUCGAGUUAAGGGGAGGAUGACAAAUUUGUGGGGGUCGUUUGACCAUUGUUUGAACUUAUAGUACAUUAGACAAGCGUUACAUCGUGAUGAUUUUUUUUACAAUAUCUAGUAGUUCAGCGACAUGCCUUGAGCAAUGUAUAUACGCCAAGUGGAGGAGACCCAAGUGAAGGCAGAAGCCGAUGGCUUCGCUACAUCGCCUUUUACUCGGGAUAUUACUUGUAUGACAAGCGUCUGUUGCUGUGAAGAUAGUGUCACCGUCAGUUCUUAAACACUCGUUGGGUUAAAGGGAUUUCUUCACACUGUAUGCGUAAAUAUUUCUGACAAGAAAACAUCCUUCCGUCGGUCACCGUUAUCAAUACUGCAAAAACAACAUUUGGGAAAUUAAACAACAGCAAGAUUAUUCUGACGAAUGAUGUUUGAAAAACAUACCAUGUUUAUUGAUUAAACAUGUAUGUACAAUCAUAGUUCAUUCCGUUUUUUUUUUCAGCUCUAUCCAAUUAUUCCAACAUACUUUACUGAUGUCUCAAGGGCUUAUUAACCAGCAUUCAAGCAAAGACAGUACUAAUUCUACUCAAUUUUGAAUUUUUUUAUGAAGUGAAAGUGCAUUGGAUGUACAUUGUUAUGUUAGCGUUAAU